GCCUCUGUCUCCACGUGGGUUCGGUAGAGAAACCCCGGACUGCGGAUCAUGGCGGGAGUAGAGACUGGGAACGCGGCCGGAGCAGAGGCCCCGCAGCCCCAGAAGCGCUACUACCGGCAACGUGCUCACUCCAACCCCAUGGCGGACCAUACACUGCGCUACCCUGUGAAGCCAGAGGAGAUGGACUGGUCUGAGUUAUACCCAGAGUUCUUCGCCCCACUGACCCAAAAUCAGAGCCAUGAUGACCUAAAGGAUAAGAAAGAGGAAAGACCUCAGGCCCAAGUGGAGUUUGCAGACAUAGGCUGUGGCUAUGGUGGCCUGUUAGUGGAACUGUCACCGCUGUUCCCAAACACACUGAUUCUGGGCCUCGAGAUUCGGGUGAAGGUUUCGGACUAUGUACAAGAUCGUAUUCGGGCCCUACGCGCAGCUCCCGGAGGUGGCUUCCAGAACAUCGCCUGUCUCCGUAGUAAUGCCAUGAAGCAUCUUCCUAACUUCUUCCGAAAGGGCCAGCUGACGAAGAUGUUCUUCCUCUUUCCGGACCCACAUUUCAAGCGGACGAAGCACAAGUGGCGAAUCAUCAGUCCCACACUACUGGCAGAAUAUGCCUAUGUGCUGAGAGUUGGGGGGCUGGUAUAUACCAUAACCGAUGUGCUGGAGCUACAUGACUGGAUGUGCACCCAUUUUGAAGGGCACCCUCUGUUUGAGCGUGUGCCUCUGGAGGAGCUGAGUGAAGACCCCAUUGUGGGACACCUGGGCACUUCAACUGAAGAGGGAAAGAAAGUUCUACGCAAUGGAGGGAAGAAUUUCCCAGCCAUCUUCCGAAGAAUACAGGAUCCCACUCUCCAGGCAGUGACCCCCAAUCCCACGCUACCUGGUCACUGACAGCUUACCCUGCUUUAGCUAGACCCCUUCUUCAGGGGCCAAAAAGAAGAUCAGGCCCCCUGGGUCUUCCCAGCCGAGACUGCCAGGGUUGAGAGGAAGCAAUCUUUCAACGAGAUUGAGGAACUGGCCAAGGCAAAACCCUGGUGUUCACAACCACCCCAACUCCUCUCACCUUCUUGCCCCUUCAUCGCGAGUAGAAAGCAAAAGACGCUAACAAGGAAGGUCCGAGGACCUUGGACCAGAGGGGGUGUUGGAAGGUGUGGCUUCUUGCUCCCCCUUAGCCCUCCCUUCUGAGAUUUCUUCUCAGCUGGAGUGAAGAACACAGUGCUCUACUGUACAUCUAAACUGCCUUCUGGGCUCAAAUCACCUGUCCACUCGUGUUUACUUUGCAGUCCUGGGGGUAAUGUGUAUACGUGUGCACACGCCCAUGCUGCUGUUAUUUCUCGGGAAAGGCUGGAGUGUGUAUCACGUGCCUUCUCCCAUCCUCCCAUUCUCUCCCUGCCUAAGACUGAACCUGGGGAAUCUGCUGUCUCUAGUUGCUGUCUCCGGAGAAUCCCUGGAUAGUAUGGGGGUGGAGACCCUCUCCUUCAUGUU